AUAUAAAGGAGCGAGGGACAUCUCGCGAGAGCGGCUUUAGGGCGUAAAAGAAAAAUAAGCCGUAGAAGAGGGCUGUCUCUUGGUGGAGCUUACCCCCCUUUUUCUAUCUGUACUACUCCUUACUCCAUAAGUCACAAAAGAUGGAUCGUUACCAGAGAGUGGAGAAGCCGAAAGCAGAGGCACCCAUUGACGAGAAUGAGAUUCGGAUUACCAGUCAAGGCAGGAUGCGUAGUUAUAUCACUUAUGCCAUGACUCUGCUCCAGGAAAAGGGCUCGAAUGAAAUAGUGUUUAAGGCAAUGGGAAGAGCCAUCAACAAGACUGUUACUAUAGUGGAGUUAAUUAAGAGGAGAAUUGUUGGUCUACAUCAGAUUACGUCGAUUGGGUCCACGGACAUAACAGAUAUGUGGGAGCCUUUGGAGGAAGGACUUCUUCCAUUGGAGACCACAAGGCAUGUGUCAAUGAUCACUAUAACCCUUUCAAUAAAAGAACUGAAUACUUCCUCUGUUGGGUAUCAGCCUCCAUUACCAGCUGAUCAGGUGAAGCCAUCCGCAGAAAUUGAUCAUGAAGGAGAGGGCUCACCUAAUGGUCGUGGUAGAGGCCGUGGUGGUAGAGGAAGGCCAAGGAGUAGAGGGAAUGGUUUUGUCUCUGCGGAGUAUGAGGAUGGAGGCUGGGACCGCAAUCGUGGCUAUGCUAGGGGUAGAGGUCGAGGAAGAGGACGUGGUUUCCGAGGCCGUGGGCGUGGAGGAUACAAUGGACCUCAGGUUGAUAGGCAGCAAGAUGUAGGCUACAAUUAUGAAGCCCCUCCUCAAGGUGGCCGUGGUCGCGGCCGCGGCAGGGGAUAUCGUGGAAGGGGCCGUGGGUUUAGAUCUAAUGGGCUGAUCCAGGCAGCUGCAUGAGCCGGUAGCAGUCUUUAAAACGUUAUGGAAAUGAUGGCGUCGGAUGCGUGUCCAGUUAUAUGUUUUUGAUUUUUUAUGUUGUCCUUAAUAUUUUUUUCCCCUUUGAGGCUUUCCAUCAUUACUACCAGUUUAGCAUUUAGGAUGUGUUCAAAUUUUUUCUUCCUUGUUCAUUACUUGCAGUUUUAACUUUAGGACGUGUUGAUGGACAGUCAUGGUAGAACUAGCAUACUUGCAAUAUGUGCUUUUAGUGCAGCUGCCUCACAGCACAGGAGGCAGACACCCUUUUUUGCUUUGGUUUUUUCAGUAGACAAGGCUGAUAUGUUUGAAGAAUUGUAACUUAUAAUUGUCAGGAAAUUUUUCUUCAUUAUUUGGCUAA